GAUAUCGAUGAAUGCAGCAACGGUAGCCAUGAUUGCCACCAAAAUGCAACUUGUGCAAAUACCCCUGGACGCUUUAAUUGCAGCUGUCAGUCAGGAUUUGCAGGAAAUGGCCGCCAAUGUCAUGGUAUAAUAUUGACCGAUUUUCAAUUGAUCUGAAAGUUUAUGUCCAUCUUGAAUUAUGUUUUACAUUUUUUACCUUUCUUUUUAAUUAGAUAUCGAUGAAUGCCUCAACGGUAGCCAUAAUUGCCACCAAAAUGCAACUUGCAUAAAUACCCCUGGACAGUUUAAUUGCAGCUGUCAGUCAGGAUUUGCAGGAAAUGGCCGCCAAUGUCAUGUUAUAACAUUGCCCGAUUUUCAAUUGAUCUGAAAGUUUAUGUCGAUUUUGAAUUACUGUAUUUAUUCGAAUAAGCGCCCAACCUCGAAUUACCGCCCACCUCGAAUAAGCGCCCAUCCUAAAGGCAAAAAACGUUAAUAAGCGCCCAAGCCUCGAAUAAGCGCCCACCCCCUCCUCCUCCCAAUCAAACUCAAAUAAGCGCUCACCUCCACCCCACCCACUUGAGCGAAUAAGUUCUAAUAAGAGACUUCCCCGAGGACCAAGUUUUCUUCAGAGUAUUUUACAGAAACCUUGCUUUGUUACUUCUUCGCGUUUUUGUUAUUAGCAUUUAUCGUUUUGUUGCAAAAUAAACAUACUUCACUUGCUAAAAAUGGUGAAAAUUUAUUAAGCGCCCGUCUCGAAUAAGCGCCCACUCUCAAGGUCCAAAAAUUUAAUAAGCGCAAAGGGCGGUUAAUCGAAUAAAUACGGUAUGUUUUACACUUUUUUAGCCUUCUUUUUCAUUAGAUAUCGAUGAAUGCAGCAACGGUAGUCAUGAUUGCCACCAAAAUGCAACUUGUGCAAAUACCCCUGGACGCUUUAAUUGCAGCUGUCAGUCAGGAUUUGCAGGAAAUGGCCGCCAAUGUCAUGGUAUAAUAUUGUCCGAUUUUCAAUUGAUCUGAAAGUUUAUGUCGAUCCAACCUUAAUUAUGUUUUACAUUUUUUAACCCUUCUUUUUAAGUAGAUAUCGAUGAAUGCAGCAACGGUAGCCAUGAUUGCCACCAAAAUGCAACUUGUGCAAAUACCCCUGGACGCUUUAAUUGCAGCUGUCAGUCAGGAUUUGCAGGAAAUGGUCGCCAGUGUCAUGGUAUAAUAUUGUCUGAUUUUCAAUUGAUCUGAAAGUUUAUGUCGAUCUUGAAUUAUGUUUUACAUUUUUUUUACCUUACUUUUUAAUUAGAUAUCGAUGAAUGCAACAACGGUAGCCAUGAUUGCCACCAAAAUGCAACUUGCAUAAAUACCCCUGGACAGUUUAAUUGCAGCUGUCAGUCAGGAUUUGCAGGAAAUGGCCGCCAAUGUCAUGGUAUAAUAUUGACCGAUUUUCAGUUGAUCUGAAAGUUUAUGUCGAUCUUGAAUUAUGUUUUACAUUUUUUUACCCUUCUUUUUAAUUAGAUAUCGAUGAAUGUAACAACGGUAGCCAUGAUUGCCACCAAAAUGCAACUUGCAUAAAUACCCCUGGACAGUUUAAUUGCAGCUGUCAGCCGGGAUUCACGGGUGAUGGUCACCAGUGUUAUGGUAUGACUCACUUCUGAAAGGAAUUGCACUUAAAUUUGGAAUGGGUGAUAAAUCGUAAAACCGGCGACCAGCGCGAUGAAUGCAAACAAACCCAAUGAGCCACAAUCGCCACAAACAUAUGUCUUGUAUUUAUACUCAGCGGGAAAGAAAUUCGUAUAAGGCCAGAAGUUACACUGUCAUGAUAACAAUAAUAUUUUAUUUAAUUUGUAUUGGAUCGGGAAUCUAAUUCUUUAAUCUUUAAUGUCUCGUAGCAAUAGCAGCCCUGCUUGCCACCAGCAAGGAAUUGGUGUUAAUAUUGCUACGUAGGCACCUGUCAGCCAGUUAUCUCCCGAAAAGGCCGUCAGUGAUGUUUCGUAAUUUGCUUCUUCCUUAGUAAGAAAAUAAACUUUACUCGAACUUUGACCAAUUACUUUUGCUUUAUGGUCUGAAUAUAUACGACAGAGUGGAUCGAAGUUUAAAAUUUCGACUAAAGAAGAGAUAAAAUUAUAGUUUAUGUCAUAGAAAGUAAAAAGAAACAAUCGCAUCUUCAUGAGAGACGUUGUACUAAGCCCUUGUUCCUCAAAUAUCUUGGAAUUACCGCGCCACCUGACAAGAAUCGGAUACGUAGUUCCUGAGGACUCGCAGGAGCUAACCACAAAAUUCAAAAUUUAAAAAUACGCAGAUCAAUUCUUCCAUCACGAUUUUUUCGAUUUAUACGAGCUUUAAGUAAAAUGUGUAUACAUCUAAUUAAUUGAUUAAUAAAUGGCGGACCCAAGAUGGUGGAUGGUUCCAGAUCUUUGUUUAUAAUAAACGACGUCAUCGUAAUUUCACUGUGAAGUUGCUAAACCGGGAAAAGCCUAUUCCUCGAAUUUCUCAUUCAGUUGUCAGACUCGGGUGCAGCUCAAUUCUGUCGACUGAAGCGGUUGCUGCACACAUGCGGAGCCUAAUGUAGUAAGAUCGAAAGAGUUUUCCUAAACAAGAACGCAUCGAAGUGGGAGGAAAGGGAACAUUGUUCGAGCAGGAUUCUUUCAAGAAAUUUGUCAUGCUGUGUUAACUGCGUUCAGAAAAUGACGUCACAAAGCAAUUGUCUUGUGCUCUUGGUAACCAGGCCACAGAAACAUAGUGUUGUAAUGGCGGACUAAAAUUUAUGGUUUUUGAGCGCAAAAAAGACCACUUUCCUUAAUCGUAUGAAGCUAUAACUUGCACACCGUGUCCUUCAAGUACUAAACUGUCAAUCUAGCAAAAAAAAUGAUAGUCAAGGAUUUGAUCGUAGUAGCACUUUAAGGCGGACAGUAAUCCAUAAAAUAAACGACACUACUCCUUAACGCAGGUACUAUCAGCGUGGGCUUUUUAACCUUGAACAACCUUGGACUGUGAGCUAGUUAUUAAGAAACUAUAAACUAGUUAUUAAGAAACCCGACCAUACACAAGAUAGACCUUAAGAAUAACAAUUUUUUGUAAACAAAUCAUGUACUAAGUUAACCUCACUGUACAGUUGACUUUCAAAGAAUAGACAGAAGCGUUGCGUCGGCUGUCUAAGAACGGCUGAGUAAGGAACGAAAUAUAACGACGUGGCAAUGGAUUAUAAACAACUUGUCCAGGUUUUGUCCGAUAUGCCUCUGACAAGAAUUGCCGCCGUGACAACGAUCCUUUAAUUAUGUUUGAGCGGAUUAUCUUUAAUAGACUUCAGUUUUCAUGUUUUAUUCAGUCCAAAUGUAGUUCAUGUUUUGUUACCCAAGAGAACCGUUUCUUUCAAAUUUCGGCAUUACAUUUAGCUGCAUAUGUACGCAUAAUUAAAAAAGAAAAGACAAAAGGAAAGGGGAAAAUUUCUUUGAUAACUGAUCACAUGACCUUUAUUUGGGAAACAAAGGCAUACAAGCCAGUGGCACCCAACGAGAAUAUAGUUCAAAACCACAUAAACAUAGCAUUGUUGAACGUACUUUAGUAUUUGAACGGUAGAUAAAGGCUUAUUUUUAUCCCCUACAAAUUUUUCAUCUGUUCGGAUUUCCUAGCUGAAAGUAUAGUGAUCCGAAAAUUAUAGGGAUCAAAAUUUACCUUUUCGAAAAUUUCAGCCAAAAAAGGCUCCAGAAAAUUCUAGGUGACCUUUUAAGGGUGAAAAUCCGUUAAAUAUGGGCAAUUAUACGAUUUUUUUGAAGUUCGAAAAUCCUAGGAGAGGCAGGCAAGCAAUACAUUUUUCAGAAAAUGAUCCGAAAAUUCUAGAUCUCAAAUCGUCUUCCGAACAGAUAAUUUUCCGAAAAUUGUCGUUGGGUGCCCCUGAUACAAGCAAGCAGUUGUGCUUUAGUUGGUUGAACAUGAAAGUUUGCUAAAUGCAGUGCUCACCUUUAAUGAACGUGCAGUAAGAUGUAUUAUACUUCGGAUUUAUUAUGCCACACAUACUUCCUCUUUCAGACCUCGAGUAAUGGAAAAAGUCGGUAAAAUCUUAAUCAUCUCAAGACCGUCAUCCACGCGCACUCUAGGAUUCCACAUUAUAACACCGAAUUAAACCACAUUUAAUUGUAUUUCUCUCGUACUUUGUGGGACCCACGAUCACCCUAUGUCACCCGACACAUAUACAGCAGUGGUAAUUCUUCAUAUUUGGUCGCAAAUUGUCUUUGGUCAAACAUUUACAAAAAUCACAACCAAAGUUUCGAAAGAGUUUUGCUGUUCGAGAAACCGGCAAAAAGUGAAAUGUAGCGUUUACGUCAUAGCUGCGAAAAUAAUGAUUAUAAAUUUGCCAAAAUUCUGGCAUUUUCAAAGUGUUCAGGAAAAAAACCAGCUUAAGGUCUCGGUAAAGGAAAACGAGGUGCCCACAGAAAAAAAUUCUAGUCGCGCGAGUAUUUUCGCUACAAAAGCAAGUUAUAUAUCAAAUUAAAGCAAAAAGACUAAAUUACCUUAUAAAAGAUUUUAUUUCAUCGAAUUUCAAAAGGCCCUUAAGUUUUUUGCUCUCGAACUCAGAGGUAUCGAGUUUACUGCUGAAACUCCAGCCAUUUCGCGUUGUUAAAUAUUCACCUUCUUUUUAUUGCAUCUGAUUGACAGAUAAAAGACGUAAAAAAGGGUGUGAGGAAAUUUGCAUAUGUCUCGUAUUAGCGGAAUUAUUGCAUUUCAAACUAAGAAGUCGAUCUCGAGCGCGAUUUACGCAAAGAAACUGACAUAAAAUGAGUUAAAAAGGGAAAUCGGAAAAUUCCUCACACCCUUUUUGAGUCUAUAUCAUUAUCCAUCAUAUCUGAAAGUUUCAAAGCGAUAGCUUAAAACCUGUCCCGACUGGAGGUCGGAGAAUUUUGAUUUUUGCGUCUACAAUAGAGUGAGAGAAAAUCAGCUAGAAAAGAUUUAGCGCGAGGUCCACGCUUGGCUGGUUAGCUCAGAAAAGGCUCAUUUUAGAAAGGUUAAAAAGCACUUUCUGAUUUUCUUUUUCUGCCAAAAUAAAAUUUAGGACCCACCCAUGCCAAAAAUAAAAAAAACAAAAACAAAAUCGAUCAAUGUACUAAAAUUUUCAUUUACCGAGACCUUAAGAAAAUUUAUUUAUUUCAGUGCUGAAUUGCUCUCAUUUGUUUUCUUAUCCAGAUUGUUCCAGUUAUCACUUUGAAAAAUACCAAGAUUUACCAACCAGAGGAGCUCACGCCGUGGAACAUUUCACCAUUAAUGGAAGUCUUUUUCUAGCGUUCGCCAACUAUAAAAGUGACACCGCCGAAAAAUAUAACACAGAUUCUUUUAUCUACAAGUUCAACGAUUUGAGUGGAAAAUUCUUUCUUUAUCAGACCAUAGGCACACAUGGAGGGCAUGACGUGGAAUAUUUUACAAUUUCUGGCGAACAUUAUCUUGCUGUUGCUAAUGUUGAAAAUGAAACUACGUUCAGAUUGAACUCAGUUAUUUAUCAUUGGAAUGGAACAUUGUUUGUUGCCUUUCAAAACCUUGCAACUAAAGGAGGAGCCAGCUUUAAUUUUUUUACAAUAGCGAAAGAACCUUUUCUUACCGUAUGCAAUCUCUUUGAUGAUGUUACGAAAAGUGUCAACUCAACCAUCUACAAGUAGAAAAACAACACGUUUGAAAAGUUACAGGAGAUAGCGACAGAGGGAUGUCGUGGAAGUGCUACGUUUGUAAUUAACAAUGAAAGCUACAUUGCCUUUGCAAACGAGGUCACGUCGGCAACAGUAGUUUAUAAGAGGGCUGGGAUACACUUCGUCGAGCUGCAAAACCUUCAAAAGCAAAGUGGAUGGAAUGUAAAGUCCUUUUACAUUAAUGAUGAUGUGUUUCUCGCCACUGUCUUUCAACCCGCACAGCAGUCGUUCAUUCACAAGUGGAAUGGAAGUCAGUUUGUCCUAAAUCAGACUAUUCCUACUUACCGGGCCAGGGUCCUGCAUCCCUUUGUUAUGUGCGGUCAAACAUUUCUUGGUGCGGCUAAUCGGGGUAGGGGUGGCACCUACCACAUAAAGUCAGUGGUGUAUCGGUUCUCUCAGGACCAGUUCACUGAAUACCAGAAUAUUUCAACUUUUGGAGCUAUUGAUAUGACGUCAUUUGAGUACAAGGGCUAUACUUACUUGGCAAUUGCU